AUGAGGCGCGGGCAGGAGAGCCUCAGUCCAUAUGCGUCCACGAGGACGCCCCGGCAGCCGAGGAGCGGGCCACCAGUCCGCGGGAGGAGCAGUGGGAGCUACUCGCGGGAACAGGCCUGGUGCAGAGACCCCGCUUCCACAGAGAGGAUGGCGGGAGGGCCGGGAGGGGGCAAGAGCAUCAAAGACACCAGCUGCAGGUCCGGGGGCCAGCCGUCCUCCGCUGCCCCAGCCGAGUCCGUCAACGUCACCUUCCCCGUCAGAGGACGCAGGGGAGCCACUGGGCCUCCCAGCGACGUCACCGACCGUGACCGGAGGCCACUGCAGAGCCCAGCCCAGCCGCUGCCCCCACCCGCCUGCGCUCCCAGCGCCCCCGAAACAAACUCUCCCAUCAAGCAGCACAGCAGCUGCCCGCAGGAAAGCAGAAACCAGAUCCCAAAUGCUGGCAAUGUUUCUGUUCAGGCGGGGGUGACAGCAAUGGUUGGACGGCGAUCCAUGAUGGGCGCGGGCAUGGAAUCUGAUAACUUCUUCCCCUUUAAGUCUUUGAAAAACAUCUGUUGCUCUGACAACCAAGCCUCCAAGUCGCCAGAGCCAAACAUUGAAGAGCCAGAGAGCGCCAUUUCUGUGGUCAUCUCUCCAGCAAGGUCUGAGCCACUCCGGGAGCUGCUGCCUGCGGCCAAGCCGGGGCCUCAUGUGUGUGGAUGA